ACUCUUCAACCCACUCGCCGACUUAAGCACAAGAAGGAAGGCCUCCUCCGACAUCAGAUUAUUCAGUUGGGUUUGGGGCUAUCCGUCAUCCUCUUCGGUGGCAUUGCAAUGUUCAUCAACAAAGUUGAACAUGGUGCCCCUCAUUUCACAACUUGGCAUGGAAGAUUUGGCCUCAUCGCACUCAUUUGGCUGGUGUUACACAGUUUGGUCGGUGGCGCGAGCGUAUGGUUCCCUGUCAAGGCAUUCGGAAGUGUCGACAAAGGGAAAAUGACAUGGAAGUGGCAUCGCGUAUCCGGCUACCUUCUUGUUGCCUGGUUUUUGAUUACUGCACAUUUAGCGGGCGGCUAUGCCACCUGGGUUCAAAUGGAAACAUCAUGGGCGGAACGAUUCUGGAUCUAUACCAUUCUCCCGAUCAUAGCUCUUAUCGGCAUCGCGAGUAGAAUUAGAAUAUGGAAACUUCCAGGAUUCCAGAAACCUGAUUACUCAGUCGGCAUAGUCUCUUGAAUAUUGGUAUCCUGAACCCAUUCACAUACAAUACGUCGACGUCGUGAUUUUUAUGGUUUCGUUUCGACACAAUGAGUUCCGUACACCCAAUAAAUCUUUAAGUAUUAUGAGAAGUAUGACAUACGAUAUUGAAGAUUAAGACACAUAAUCAAUGUCCCGCAGUGAG